AUGUCAACAAACUCUUCACAACAUGCGAUCGACCAAUCCUCUGAAGACAUUUCGAAACAAAUGUCUGGGCCAUUCAAGAAGAAGUAUAGCCAUUCGUGGACUUUGGAAGAAGACCGACUUCUUGAAGAAGCCGUCUCGAUUUAUGGGCCAAAGCAUUGGCAGUCGAUUGCAGACCGUAUCCCCAGUCGAACGCGAAAACAAUGUCGCGAACGAUGGUGUAACCAUUUAGACCCUAAAAUCGAUAAGACUUCGUGGAAGCCACACGAAGACGCUAUACUCUUUAGGCUUCAUAAAAAGGUUGGGAAUCAAUGGAGUUAUAUUAGAAAACACUUGCCCGGAAGGACUGCUAAUGAUAUCAAAAAUCGUUUCACGUGCAAGACCAAAAAGAUUUGCUCCAUGUCUGCAUUCACGGCAGUCUCCCCAGCCCUUUUCACUGUUUUGUAA